AUGGCAGGCUGGCGCCUGGAUUGGCCUUUGACGAGAAGGCGGCAACAAUGGACGCGGUCUGGGACAGCACAUCGCCACACCGAGCCCAGCACAUCGAAUGCAAAGCAUGACUCGGCGCACAAAGAGCCUCUAGAACCUAUGUCGUCCUUGAAAGAGACGAACAUGAAUUGGAUUCACGAAGUUCAGACGCUUCCAGCCUACGAUAAAGGACUCAUGACCCGCAACACAUGUAUCGGCGGACUCAUCUUCAGCUGGCUCGUAUCCAUCGCCUGCGUUACUCUCGCACAUUGGACCUUCCAAUCCGGCCAACUGUUCCGUACUCAAAAUGGUGGUUACACCCAUAACGGGCAAGGCGAACGCGUCUUUUUCCUGAGCACAGUACGCCAAGAACUCGUGAAGCUGGCAGUCAACAUUUGUAUCAGUCUUUGUACGGACUGUCUUGGCUAUAUUCAUUCGGCGUCCACUCGCUGGGCACUUUGGCGCGAAGGCCGGCUUUUGUACAAUUCAAAUGCUCGGCUUUUAGUAAGUACGCGCCGUUAUUCAUCCAGCAGAUGGUCGACCAAUCUGGUCUCGGCGUUCCUUCUGAUGAUAUGUUACGCAUCAUCUGGCCAGCUGUUCUUAUCCUCGACCAGUGCCGAAAAGAAGGGGUUCGUUCUCAAUGGCAUCGCUAUUUCGGCGCUUGGUAUUGGCAUACUUGGUCAGGCUAUGAUCUCUACCCUCUGCCUCUGGGAUUCUCGAAAGCUCAUACCGACAUGGAGUUCAAACCCCCUCAAUACCGCUCUCACGUGCCUACAUCAUGGGAUGCGCAGCGUUGAUGGUCGCUGCAUGCUUAGUGUUCACCAAACCGACUGGGCAUCAAUGCCUGAGAAGCCUCUCCCCACCCAAGCUUCAGCACGGCGUGCUAUGCCCUCAAUCAGACAUAUCACCCGUUUCCUUUGGGCAUUUGUCGCUCUAGUAAUAGUCUGGGGCAUUGCCGUAGGGUCAAAUCCAUACUUUCGAAAGACCUCAUCGACUACCUUGCCUCUCUACGGGGAGUCCAUCCCUGUCCUGGAGCUCAACCUCUGCGCCCUACUCAUCACAACUUCUCUGCAAAUUUUCCUGACUCUGUCGCUGCAUCUCACCGAACUCCUGGUGAAUUUGUCCCGCGACGAGCACAUCUGGCGCCUUGCCACCAGUAAGAAGGGGACACAGCGUUCCUUCGGCCCUGUCGGGUCCUUGAAAACUGCAAUCUCUAGCUGGCAAACCGUCCUCCUUUUCGCACUGAAAUCACUUGCUUACUGGUUAUUCGGCUUGGCUGUGAACUCCGACGGCCAAAGUGUGUAUAUGAACUGGGUAGGCAUUCUCCUACUACUUGCUGGAGUAGGUGUCGUGGCCGCCUUUGGAUCGUUUCUGGCCUGGAGCCAGAGAAGCGGCUCGCAGCCGGCCACUUUUGGGCAUUUACAGACACUGGUCAAUUUGAUGGACGAUUGGUUUGAAGAGGAAGUGAAUGUAUGGUGGGGCGAUAAGGGCGUUGCAAAGAAUACUACGGUUGGUGGUCAUGGAAUCGUCAGGCAUGCUGGGACCUCCAAUGUCUGUCUCCCGGGUGUCAAGAUGGAUUCUCUGUACCAGUGA